CUCUCCUUUUUCACCACUCCUUCCCUCUGGGUAUUGAACUAGAGCAAGGAAUCGAAGAUCAGAUUUUCACUGUCUUCUUCAGCACCCAGAAUCUACCCCCCCUUUCUUUUUGUUUUAAAUUCCCACCAUGAAAAACAAUCCAAAGGUUGAAGAUAACUUCCCAUGGGAUCAAACCAUGAGAAACCAUUUCACCACUUUCCCCAAAUUUCUUCUUUCUUCAAUCCUUUUAAUUUCAAUUCUCUGCAUCUUCUACACCGUAAGUUUCUCUAAUUCAUCAAAUAAAGACCUGAAUAUCAUCACCGCCGUCCACGGCGGAAGAGAGGAGGUAGCCGUAGCUCCACCGCCUGUUCCAUCUCCAAAACCAAGCCCCUCAUCGAAAACAACUCUUCAUCAGAUAGUUUUCGGCAUUGCAGCCUCAGCUCGAUUAUGGGAUCAUAGGAAGAAUUACAUCAAGUUAUGGUGGAAACCCCAGAUGCGCGGUGUCGUCUGGUUAGACAAGGGAGUAAAAACCGGAACCGACGACCAUCUUUUGCCGCAAAAAAUGAUCUCCGGCGAUACUUCAAAGUUCAAAUACAAUAACCCAAAGGGUCACCGGUCGGCCAUAAGGAUAACCCGUAUAGUAUCGGAGACUUUAAGGUUGGAUUUGGACGAUGUGAGGUGGUUCGUUAUGGGAGACGACGAUACGUUCUUUGUACCCGAUAAUUUGGUCCGGGUUUUAUCGAAAUACGACCAUAAUCAGUUUUAUUACAUCGGAAGUUCGUCGGAGAGUCAUUUGCAGAACAUUAAUUUCUCUUACGGGAUGGCAUACGGCGGCGGAGGUUUUGCUAUUAGUUACCCUUUGGCUAAAGCACUUGCUAAAAUGCAAGACCGGUGUCUACAGAGAUACCCGGGAUUGUACGGCUCCGAUGAUCGGAUUCAUGCUUGCAUGGCUGAGCUCGGUGUGCCACUCACCAAGGAACCGGGAUUUCACCAGUACGACGUAUUUGGCAACCUCUUGGGUCUCUUAUCUGCCCACCCUGUUGCUCCACUGGUCUCCAUUCACCACCUAGACAAGGUCGAACCCAUAUUCCCCAACAUGAACCGGGUCCAAGCCCUUACACGUCUCAAUAUCCCAAUAAACCUUGACUCGGCUGCAUUGAUGCAACAAUCGGUUUGCUACGACAAAACCCGGAGUUGGACCGUUUCGGUCUCGUGGGGCUACACGGUUCAAAUAUACAGAGGCAUAUUCUCAGUGAGAGAAAUGGAAAUGCCGGCCAGGACUUUCCUCAAUUGGUACAAAAGAGCCGAUUACACCGGUUUUGCUUUUAAUACCCGACCCGUUACCCGACAUGUCUGCCAAAAACCGUUCGUUUAUUACUUGUCUAAAGCGUCGUACAACAAGGUGAUGAACCAGACGGUUUCCGAGCAUGUUCAGCACCAAGUUUCGAACCCGGAUUGCAAGUGGAAGAUGGCGGAUCCUUCUCGGAUUGAGAGAGUUGAGGUUUAUAGAAAACCCGAUCCGAAUUUAUGGGACAAGCCUCCAAGGAGGAAUUGUUGCAGGGUGUUACCUACAAAGAAGAAAGGCACCAUGGUUAUUGACGUUGGAGUAUGUGGAGAUGAUGAAGUCAUUGAAUUGCGAUGAGCAUUUUUCUUUCUUUCUUUUUUCUUCCUUGAUCUUUAAUAUAAUUUAUUUACUAUUUUUCCCUUUUUUUUAAAAGAAAUUUUAGACCACAUAAUAAUAUAAUUAUCCAUAGUGAUGGAAGUUUUUA